AUUUUUCCUAUCGCCGAAAUGGAGCAGCUGUUGGUGACAUUUUCGUUGCAGAUCUUUGCUUGGACCGUUUUAAAGUGUAACUAGCUCGGGUCAUUUACCGGCUGGCAUUGUAUAGGGAUAGGGCUGUUCCGCUGAAGAUCUGAGGCAAAAUGUCAAAGUUUCCGGCUUGCGGACUCCCGCUUCGUUCAAUCGGCGGUCUCCGCCAUGGUGUGGCUGCCGUAAGCGCAGCUAGUCUUUCGCUUGCUCCUCAGAGUCGUACGGCUUCAACAUCACGAUUGUCACCAUUGUUUGGAAGUCCACCAAAGCCGGUCCUACAUCGUCCAACUGCUGUAGUACGUGGAAUACGAUUGUUUUCAUCAGACAGCCUUCCAUCACAUAAGCGUGUGGCGUUACCAGCUUUGUCUCCUACUAUGGAGCAAGGCACAGUGGUCAGCUGGCAAAAGAAAGAAGGAGAUCAACUAGGCGAGGGUGAUUUGCUAUGCGAAAUAGAAACAGACAAAGCGACGAUGGGUUUUGAAACACCAGAAGAAGGAUACUUGGCCAAGAUCUUGAUUCCUGAAGGCACCAAAGAUGUCCCUGUUGGAAAGCUGCUUUGCAUCAUUGUGGAGAGCGAAGAUGACGUGGCAGCAUUCAAAGACUUCAAAGACGAAGGUGGAGCGGCUCCACCGCCUAAAGCGGCUGCACCACCGAAGGAGGCUCCAAAGGAAGCUGCUGCGCCACCUCCACCUCCACCUCCUCCACCACCACCAGCUCCGACUCCACCUCCGGCAGCUGCCGCUCCUCCUCCACCUCCUCCACCGCCCGCACCUGCCCCAGGCGGACAUGUGAGUGCUACACCAUUCGCAAAAAAGCUUGCUGCUGAACGUGGCGUUGAUCUCAGCGGAGUUUCUGGUACCGGACCAGGAGGACGCAUCCUCGCUGCUGAUCUUGAAGGCGCGCCAGCUGGAGGAGCUGCCGCAGCGCCAGCUGUUGGCGGAGCUCCGGCAACACCGGGUGCAGCCUUUACUGACAUUCCUUUGUCUAACAUGCGACGUACUAUUGCUAAACGUUUGUCGGAGAGCAAGAGCACAAUUCCACAUUAUUAUCUGACAUCUGAAAUCAAUAUUGACGCUCUGAUCAAGGUUCGUGAAAAGCUGAAUGCUCUCCUAGAAAAGGGAUCCGCGGGUGGCUCUACAAAGAUCUCCAUUAAUGAUUUCAUUGUCAAGGCAUCUGCGCUGGCAUGCCUCCGCGUUCCUGAAGCAAACAGUUUCUGGAUGGAUACUUUCAUCCGCCAGAAUAACAACGUUGAUGUAAGCGUUGCUGUCAGCACUCCGUCGGGCUUGAUAACUCCGAUCAUUUUCAAUGCUCAUGCUAAAGGUCUCGCCACUAUCUCCGCUGAGGUAAAAGAGUUAGCUGCACGUGCAAAGGAAGGCAAGCUACAGCCACAAGAGUUCCAGGGCGGCACCUUUACGGUGUCGAACCUUGGCAUGUUCGGCAGUGUUACUGAUUUCACAGCCAUAAUCAAUCCUCCACAAUCAUGUAUCCUUGCUAUUGGUGGAGCUGAGACGAAAAUGGUUCCGUGCGAAGAAAAUGGCUAUCGCAGCGUCAAAGUGAUGAAGGUAACCCUGUCAUGUGAUCACCGUGUUGUUGAUGGAGCUGUCGGAGCUGUUUGGUUGCGUCACUUCAAGGAAUUCCUAGAAAAACCUCAUACGAUGCUUCUUUAAAGGGAAUUGAAGGCGAAUGUCCAGUGAAUAGUAAUUAGGUUCUUUGGGUCAUUGUUUUCUUUAAUCUAGCAACAUAUUGUGGUUGUAGACGUUCUUUCGUCAAUUAUAUGCGUCUAUUAGAUUUCUACUUGUAACCUUAAAAUGACGUGUUUUGAUCUUUGCAACAUCCGUAUUGCUUUCCUGUAGAAGUCUUAAUUCUUUAGUUUUUCUUCUUUCACUGAGAGCUUUUUAACGAAACAGGAAUGUCAGAUCGCAUGCUGAAAAGCACAGUACAUGUCAUUCACCGGUUUACUAGGUUAAUUUUGUGUUUGAGCAGUCACAGACUAUAAAGAAGUAGAGAAUCUCUGAUCUUUAAUCUGAUGACUUGAACUGACAUUGUGUGAGAUGCAUGCAUGACCGUCUAUACAUUGGUUGUACAGUUAGGAAUUAGUCCUACCACUGCGUCCAUCGUUGUUUUGUUGUGUUCUCGGUCAUUCGAGAGGUUUUUCUUGAUUAGUUGAAUAGCAGAGCAAGUGUAGAAAUAGUCAGUAGAGUUUAAUAAAUGUCUCAUUAU